UGUAUAUGCCGUGGUAUUCAACACGAUAUCGUAACUGAGGUGCGGGGAAACGAUGGACUAAUAGCUAGCAUUCAUGAUUAGCGAAAUGCCAGACCAAUGACGGUAUGUUUAUUCUCGGAUACCUACCUGAGUCGUUAUAUAUAAGGCAGGUAUUUAACGUGGCCGGAUUACUCUCAAGAUGUUUCGUUGUUCAAGUACAAAUUUUACUUCACCAAUAUGGGUCCCGUCGACCACUCUACACCGUUCACCAUCAAAGAAGCACCUAUCGACGGUCAUAGGCCUAUGAAGGUGCGGGUUAUUGGAGCUGGCUAUUCGGGGAUUUACCUAGGUAUUCGUAUACCACAACGUUUGCGCAAUGUCGACUUCCGGAUAUACGAAAGACACGAAUCCGUGGGUGGAACAUGGUGGGUAAACAAGUAUCCAGGGUGCGCAUGUGACAUACCAGCACAUUCAUAUCAAUACUCGUUCAACCCGAACCCUAACUGGUCAAGUUUCUACGCCCCUCAAAAAGAGAUAUGUUCGUAUCUUCAAAAUACGGCCGAGACAUAUGGGGUUCUCAGAUAUGUCAAGCUGUCACAUAGCGUAGGAUCCUGUCGGUGGGAUGACAAGAAGAAUAACUGGAUCCUAACAAUUCAACGAACCGAUACCAACGAGACGUUUGAAGACGAGGCAGAUGUGCUAGUUUCUGCCAGAGGAAACUUAAGCGACCCUGCUUGGCCUGAUAUUCCUGGGUUGAAAUCCUUUAAAGGGGAAGCCAUGCAUUCGGCGCUAUGGAAUGAAAAUUAUGAUUUCAAGAACAAGAGAAUUGGGGUUAUAGGGAAUGGAUCUAGCGCUAUACAGAUCGUCCCGAAUCUACAAAAAAUCGAAGGAACACAGCUUUCAUGUUUCGUCAGAAGUAAAACAUGGAUUACGAAUCCUUUUGGUGAUGCCGUAAUGAAGAAACUUGGCUUGGACCCGACAAAGUUCGAAUUCACACGGGAACAACGGCAAGAAUUCGCCAACAACCCCGAGAAAUUUUUGAAUUUCCGUCGGAUCAUCGAGGUAGACGGGAACAUAUCCCAUCCUGUCUCGCUGAGAGAAUCGGAGAUGCAGAAAGGGGCAGUUGGACUGUUCAGCGAAGCAAUGCGGCAGAGAUUGUCCAAGAAGCCCGAGAUCGCCGAGUUCUUAAUUCCCGCUUUUGGAAUCGGCUGUCGCCGUAAUACGCCGGGGCCGGGAUACCUCGAGGCGCUUGUUGAAGACAAUGUAGAUUUCAUCACUGACCCCAUAAAAGCGAUAACGGAGGACGGAGUAUCUCUCAAGUCAGGUCGUUUGAUCCCUCUCGAUGUUCUUGUCUGCGCCACGGGAUUCAAUACCACGACAGCACCACCUUUCCCGGUUUAUGGACGUGCCGGCCAAUCGUUGGAGUCGCGCUUCACACCAUAUCCUACCGCAUACCUCUCACUUACUGUAGAUUCGUUUCCCAAUUUCUUCAUGAUGCUCGGUCCAAACGCAGCCAUUGGAGCCGGGUCUCUAACCGUGAUUCUCGAAAACCAAGGCGAUUACAUCAUCAAAAGUAUUAGGAAACUACAGAAAGAGGACUACGCCAGCAUGAGCGUCAAGCCCGAGCGCAUAAGGGACUGGGACGAGUACUGCGACGAAUAUUUCAAGCGUACCGUCUAUACAGACACGUGCCAUAGCUGGUAUAAGAGCGAGGGAGGCCUCGGCGAGCGUAUCGUGGGCUUAUGGCCAGGGAGCGCGCUCCAUGCGCUGGAGGCUCUGCGAGCGCCUAGAUGGGAGGAUUACGAGUGGGAAAGCGUCAAUGGUAACGGGCCAAACAAGCUGAGAUGGCUGGGCAAUGGGUGGAGUAUUACGCACUCGAAGGGUGAAGGCGAAAAUGAAUGGGGUGGUGAUCCGGCUUGGUAUAUCGAACCAAGCUUCCUAGAUGUUCCCAUCCCGGGUCGUCCAGAAGAUGAUGAGAAGCUGAAAAUGCGACCGUUCUCACAUUAGUCGCCGUGGGAAUACAGGUAGCUUGAUCCAAACUGCGACUCCAUAUGCGGCGCAAAAACGUACCAUCUAACGGAGUUAAGAUUGUAUUGCAAAAAAAAGGACACCGUAAUUGCAGACUAGCCAUUACGCCUUAUAUUAAUUAGGUACAACUACGUGACAGGUUGUAUCUAUAUCAUGAGCUACUCGCGAUGACUUUUGAAAAACCCACUAUUUCUAGGUAGAAUUCAAACAACAAGCGUAUUAUGAAAAAGCCGCUACAUGGAUUGAAAUAAAAUAACGUAUUAUUUCUCGGAGACACCAAUGUGCUGCUAUUAUAGUAAAGCUACCUACUUCUAUCUUGGUAAAUCAAGGGUCAAUCCAGUACCU